UUAAAAAAAUAGAUAUUUAUAUUUGAUUGCAUGAGCAGAAAAGAAUAAGACAUUAAGAGAUUGAUUGCUUCAUAAUGCCACAUUGGAACAAAGCAACUCCAUUUUGAUUAGAAGAGAUAUGUAUCACACAGAAGCGAUAAUGGUGCAUACAUUCUCAAUUUAGAGGAAACCUGGUAGCACAUCAAAUUGGCUGCCAGAGUUAUUGCUGCAGUUGAAUAACCUCAAGAUGUCAUGGUUGUUUCAUCAAGACCAAUUGGACAAAGAGCAGUCAUUAAAUUCGCUCACUAUACUCAUGCUAGCUCAACUAGAUCAGCAAGAUGGACACCAGGUACAUUGACAAAUCAAUCCAACAGUGCCAGUGGAAAAUUCCAAGAACCAUAAUUAUUGAUUGUCACAGAUCCACAUUUGGAUAAAUAAGCCAUCGUUGAAGCAUCUUACGUCAACAUUCCAGUUAUUGCUUUAUGCAAUUCAGACAACCCCUUAUAAUAUGUUGAUAUCCCAAUUCCAGUUGGAAACAGAGAAACAAAGUCAAUUUCUAUGAUCUAUUGGUUGUUGGCCAGAGAAGUCAAGAUCUUGAGAGGAGAAUUGAGACAAGAUGAAGAAUGGGAUGUCUUGGUUGAUUUGUUCUACCACAAGGAAAUUACCAAUGAUUAAUUGGGUGUUGCAGAUAACUAAGUCAAAUAAGAAGGUGAUGGUGAAGAAUAAGAACACUAAGGUGAAGCAGAGAAAGCUGAUAAAGAUUGGUGAUAAAAUAUAUUAUAAUUAUGUAAAGUACAUGUAUGUCAAUUAGUUUAUUUUUAUAUAUAAA